UUAUUUUGAUUGUUCUCGCUGUCUUGUUAAACAGAUUUUAAAUCGAAGGUGAAGAGAAAAGACAGCCCUGAUUUAUCCAUUCUAAUUUGGGUACUGCCUGCCCCAUGAUAGCUGAGUUCUAUUACUGAUUAAGCUUCCAGUGACGUCGCCUAUCGUUCCGCAAAGGUUGCCUUACCAUUGACACCAUCUGCAGUCUUCCAGUCUAGGUUCCACCACAGGAGGUAACUCGCUACUCUAUUUAGGCCCCUACUAGGGGUCAUACCUCUGUUUAUGACAUGGCGCGAAUUUCCUACAAUACCUUCGAUUCCCUUUCUAAGGCCGAUCUGAAAGAUUCAAAUAAACCCGAUGGUAGAGUUGACUCGUUGCUUCUGCGUUCUAGUAAAGGGGAUGUUGCGGGGGGAAAACGUAAUGGUCGACCUUCCGACGAUGAUUACCUUCUACUUAAAGUUACCGCUUUCGUCUCUGCCGUUGGAAUUUUAUGGGUGUUCGCAUACACUAUCCUUACACACCGGGUACUUCCCCAGCCAAAGAAUGGAGGUGUUGAGGGCACUUCGUUCUUGGACCACGAAAAGCCUAUUAGCACAUUUGCAGGCAAAUCAUUUCUGAGACAUAAUAUUCCAUUCAUCGAUAUUCCCGAUCCGCUCAUCCAAGAUGUUUACUAUUACAGGUGGACAUCUAUGCAGCGGAAUCUCCGGUACAUCAGAGCCGGAACAGGUUAUAUGUGUACUGAAUUUGUCCAACCGGUUGGCUACGCCCAAGCUUUCGGAUCCAUUGAUGCUGCCGCGGGUCAUCAGAUCGACGAGUCAAGAUGGUUGAGAGAUACUUCUUAUGGCGAUGAUUACAUCCAGCUCUAUACCCGUGGACCGGCUGACGCAUUGCAAUAUACGCAAUGGAUCCUCGACGCGAUGAGUCGUCGGGCUAUGGUGACCGGGGAUUCUUCUUUCCUUGCGGCACAACUUAGCGACAUGAUUCGUUUGUGGCAUGAGUGGGAUCAGGUUUUCGAUGCUGAUGCCGGCUUAUAUUACUACCAGCCGGUGUGGGAUGCGCAAGAAUUGUCUUUACCUGGCUUUGUUGCCGACCCUAAUGGCACCGAUUGGACCUUGAGGAAGGAUGGCCCCGACACCUUCAGGCCUAGCCAUAAUGCAUAUAUGGUGGCAAACGCGAGAGCUAUAUCUAGGGCCGCCAAGUUCGCUCGUGAUGGAUUUAAUGAGGUUUUAUUUUCUAAGUUGGCAGAUGACCUGGAGACAGCCAUGUAUAAGCGAAUGUGGGCCCCUGAGCAGCAGUUUUUCAUGGAUAUUAUUCGACCUAAUAACCCAAAUUUAACGCGACUUACUGGCAGAGAACAAGUAGGAUUGUUCCCGUAUCGCUUUGGUAUCGGUUUGAAAGGAUCAUAUGCCCAAUCGGCCGUCGAUUCUAUGUUUGACGUAGAGGGUUUUUCUGCCCCAUAUGGCCCGACAACAUUGGAGAUACGAGAUCCAUGGUUUAUGGCAGUUAGACCAGAUGAUUAUUGUUGUUAUUGGAAUGGCAUGUCUUGGCCGUAUUCAACAAGCCAUACUCUUAAGUCGCUUGCAGAAAUAUACCGCUCUGGAACUACUAAUGUGACCGAGGAACAGUACUUCCAAUAUCUCCAGAUGUAUGCAAAGACCCAACAAAAAGAUGGUCGACCAUACAUUGCAGAGUCUCAUUACCCCUUCUUGAAUGCGUGGAGUGCUGAUAGUUGGAAUCACUCCGAGCACUAUGAUCACUCAACCAAUAACGACGAUGUCAUAACCGGCUUGCUGGGAAUCAUCCCACAACAGGGGAACACAUUGAAAAUUUCCCCCAUUGUCCCAAGAAACUGGACUUAUUUUGCUCUCGAAAAUUUGCCAUAUCACGGUCACUUAGUGACUGUAUUGUAUGAUAGACAUGGAUCAAGAUAUAAAUCCGGGCGUGGAUUAACCGUCUUCAUUGACGGUAAGAGAGUGUAUAAUGGCCUCCAAACGAGUGCUUCGAUACCUAUCCCUCCUCCGAUAUUACCAUGCGAGGCUUUGAUCAACAUUGCAGCGAACCCUGCCGGCCCUGGCCAGUAUCCGACAGCUGAGGCUACCUUCACCAACUCGGGAGAUUUCCAGUACAAAGCCAUCGAUGGUGUUUUAUUUUACGAUUCAAUACCUGACAACAGGUGGACAAAUUAUGGUUCCCCCAAUGAAAAUGAUACGUUAACAAUCUCCUUUGCUCGACCGAGAAAUAUAACCUCCAUUACACUCGCGUUGUAUUCGGACGUUGCAAGGGGCGGAGGGAUAGAUGUCCCGGCCCGUAUAGAGAUAUAUGGAUCGAAUGGCCUGUUGUUUACGCUCGACGACCCUUCUAGCUUACUGCCAAAUGAUCGCAACGAAUUGAGCUUCGACCUGGUCGAGACUCAAUUCGUAGCUGUCAACAUGUACCGCAAGUCUUCUAACCUCUGGGUUGGUAUCUGCGAACUCGAGGUCUGGACGCCACCGACCCUUGGUCCCAUCAACUAUGCAGCUGAUGCCUAUCUGACCGGAGAAGAGACGAGGGUGGUCUUCGACAACACCUCGACUGCUACAUCUAAUGGGGCUGUUGUUGGGGGGUUGAAGUCAGACAGCAAUGUGGCAUUUUCUGGUAUUGCGUCCAACGGCGGCUGGAAUACUGUGGUAUUAAGCUACUCCAAUGCUGGCAAUGCAACAGCAGAGAUGGGUAUCGAAGUCAAUCAAGUACCGCAGAAGCGAUUAUAUUUGGUUCCAAGCAAGGGAAAAUACGUGGACGUUACAACCAGGAUUGUACUAGCUUCUGGGAAGAACUAUGUUAGUAUAAGAGGGGGUUCGGAUUUUGUAGACGUGAAGCUGGAGUCAUUGGUCGUGCUUUGAAGUUAUCGUCCGCCGUCGUUUGAUCGAAUGUUGAUUACUUGGAUGCAAACCUCUAGGUACGUAUGUGUUUUAAUACAUACUCCAGUACUUACAUAAUUUAAAAAUAGAUGUACUAGUAGAUUAAGUGUAACUAGGGUUUAUUGAAAUAAGUUAUGCAUUCUCCA